AGGGACCGGAGCUCCCGCCCGCCGGGCCCGCCCCCGCCGCUAAAGCGACGUGUCCGGGGCAGCGCCGGCCCUGCCCGCGGCUGCCUCCGCCUGCGGGGCUCGGGCAGUGCCUGCCCGCGGCUCCUCGGGCCAGGGCAGGGCCUGGGCCCCUCGCACGCUCCUGCUGACAGACCCUGCCUCGCUCAGAGGACACGCAGCGCUCCCUCCCUGUUGCCCCCACAGCCCUUGCUGCUGUUCCUGGCUUCCCUUGGGUCCCUGCCGCGUUGCCCAGUGGGCCCCAGGCACCUUCUCAGCAGCGGGUGGAGUGGCACAUUGAUAAUUAAUACCAGUCCAUCCAACAAAACAUGAAGACUAAAACCAAAGGAAAGAAACAAAGGCAAACUGUUGACAAAGAAGCAUUUUCUGAGGAGCCAGCAAUGAGAAAAAAGGAACUGGUGAAAUGUUUGCGACGCAAAGAAAGGAGGAGUGGGGGGAACAAGGAGAGCAGCAGGAUCCCCACAGGCAGAGCCAAGCGUGCUUGGAGCAGUAAGGACAGGCUGCUGAGGAGGCUGGAGAGCAACGAGCGCGAGAGGCAGAGGAUGCACAAGCUCAACAACGCCUUCCAGGCCUUGCGCGAGGUGAUCCCGCACGUGAGAGCCGAGAACAAGCUGUCCAAAAUAGAGACUCUCACACUGGCCAAAAACUACAUUAAAUCCUUGACCUCCAUUAUACUCAACAUGUCCAAUGGACACUUUCCAGCAGUAGAAGGGAUGGGGGGAGCCUGGGGAUCCAAACUGUACCAGCAUUAUCAACAGCAGCAUGGGGAGGAUGAGCAUGAGGAAAAUCUACAGAAAUAUUCCACAUAGAUUUAUAACUUUAGCCAAAACACCAACUGCCAGCUACUACCGUCAUUGUUUUUCCUUCUUACAUCAUAAUUCAUGCCAUUACCUAAAGGUUUAAAGAGGUUAUUUUUACCUCCAGUCUCUCAAUUUUUUUUUUUCUUAAAAAGACAAACAGGUAACACUCCUGACUAUAGUUACAUGGCACAUUAAAUAAUUACCUUAAACCUUCAGAAUUUUUCAGAGCAUAGUGAAUGUGUUUAUGCAGUGUGCUAGGGUCUGGAUACCUAUCCUGUAACACUGGAGUUGACUUGAAAAUAGUGAUUUAGUAACUUCAGAAAAUUAUCCUACCUGGAGUAGAGUGACUCGAGCCUUUAAGGUCUGUGUCACCUGAGUUCCUUGGAGUUUGUUGAGAAUCUUGGCUGUAGCUCUGUUUACCACCCUUUCAAUGACUCAUCUGCUGUGCUAAAGAGAAGAUUAAAAUUGAUUACAGCAUUUGACUGACUUGGUGACUGAAGUGGCAUAUAUGGGAAACUGGUCACCAAAUCUUAUUAUUUAUCUUGAUAUUUAACUUCUGUGGAUCUGCCCUUGUAAUCUUGAACAUUGCAAGGCAUAAAAGCAUCUGUUGAUGCAAACAUCUGCAAAGCUUUCUUAGAUUGUAAGCUCUCUAGAGUAAGGACAGUUCUGAUCUGUGUUUCCAGAGCAUCUUGCCUCACGGAGAUUUUCUUUAGUGGAUGUCUGGGUGCCAUUGUAAUACAAAUAAUAAAUAAGGAACAAAUUACUUACUUUUGCCAAGACAAUGAUAAAAAUGCUUUAGUAUAGUCUUAAGUUAGACUAUGCUCUGGCCAGUUUAAAUUACUUGUUAAUGAAGCCUGUGAUGUGAUCAGGUUCUUUCUGGGUUAGUGUUAGAUUCUGAUACUGUAAACAAUAAAUGAAGCAGAAACUCUUGAUAAAGGAAAAUAGGCUCUUUUAUUCCUCUCCUCCUAUCCCCUUCUGUGGUUAGAAGUUUUAUGUCACUGAGGAACUCUAAUUUCCUCUUGUAUUCUCAUACCUGGGGGACCUGAAGCUGGAGUGGCCUCAGUUGGAAGUGCCCCUGGAGCCCGCAUGUCACAGCUCCCCUCCCCACAUGCCCCAUGGAACAGGAGGCUGCUGCUCGGUGCUCUGAUGGCACAGCAAACAUCUGGCACCUCAUCCAUCACUAGCAUUGAUACUGGUUUGUGGCCUGGUCCUUUUCCUGCAGAGGAGGGCUGUCCAAGGAGGAAUGGGGGCUGAGGAAGGAUUUAUCAGGUCCAUCACAAAAGGUUUGUGCAGUUUGGAAUGUGUUUGCAGUUUGCUGUAGACAGCUGAGGGGAUGACAGUGUAAUUCAGAGUGAAAGGCGAGGUUUCCCACACAGGCUGGUAAGGAAUGUAAAUUAUCUUUCUCCAGCACAGCAGUCCAUAGCUAUGAUAUAGAACAAAACAGUUUAUACAUGUGGUUACCUUACUGGAGAAAGCAUUUGGAUCCUGCCUCAACCAGUUGUUGAACUGUUUUCACAUUAAAAUAAAUGUGAUUAAGUCCUCAUACUCAAGGGCUAAUGAAAGGAUUGCAGAGUUAGAGAUUUAACUUGUCAUUACAGUGCUGGAUCUUGCUCCAUUCACCAGCAGCUCUGUGUGGGUAAAUUAGUCCUCACUGUGUUUAUGCACUGAUCACAGUGGGUCAGUUAGUAACACCAAGGCCUUUUCUUCCAGUUAUUCCACUCAGCACCUUCUCAGGUAAGAGAUGUUAUGUUUUUUGGUUAUUUCUCACCCUUUAGGUCAGUGCAAACUGUGGCUCUGUGUCACACAGUAAGUGAUGACCAAGCACGUGUAGAUUAUGGUAGUUUUUUUGUAGGAUUCUUUAUAGGUCAUUAUCUGAGUGUUUCCAGCUAGUAAACAUCCCUGGAAUGCUUCUGUGGGAUAGUUAUAUUUGAACUGCUGUUUGGCUGCAUUGGUGGAAAGUGGGAACCAGCAAGUUUAAAAUCCAGUAUUUUAACAGUGCUAUUGAAGAAUUGCACUUUAAGAAUCAAUUAUGCUGGUAUUGCUCCUAAACAUACAGAGUUUAAUGCUUGGGCAGUGUAUUUUUGACUUUCUGCAACCAGAGGCAUUUCAAAUAUUAAGCCCAAGAUGGCACAUCAUAUCUAGCUAUAAAUACAGCAGCCAAGGAGGCAGGUGAACACUGCCAUCCUUGAGGGACAGUCAGACUCUGGACAGAGGCAUUUUUAUGGACUUACACCUGCUAGUUCCACAGUGUAGCAAAGUACAAAGUGCUAUGUUCUUGGUCAUGUAAAAAGGGAUUUUUUAAGAAGCAUGUUUUUCUGAUAAAUUACUUUUAUUUUUCAAAAUUGGUUCAGUUUAAAGUCACUUUUCCAUGUUUUAACCAGCCACAACAAUGACAUUAUAUUUUUAAAUUAAAUAAUUUUCUAAAUAAUAUUUUAGAAGGCAAAUACUUAGUACUCAAACAUAAACAAUUUAUAAAUUAUAUUUUUUUCACUCUUUUUUUCACUUAAACCCAGCUCUUUACAGUAAAGUAAGUGAAACUUGGCAAUGUAGGGAAAAAUGCAAAGGUACAUUAUAAAGCUUAUUGUAUGCAAUCAGGUUGAUUGUUGGAGAUGUAAACACUGACUAUUAAAAGGAAAAAUCUUGAUACAAUGCAGAGAAAAAUACAAUCCUAAUAAUUAUCUAAAAAUACAUGUAAUAAAGUUAUUUAUUUGGACAAGAUACUGUGCAAGUUAUGCAAAACCUAUUAUGGUAAUUAAUGCAACACAUUAUUUAUGGUUCUCCCACAAUGUAUGUAUAAACCAGAAAUCUCUAAUCACAUACUGGAAAGAUCAAUAGUUUCUUUUUUUUAACAGUAAAGUAUCUUCAAUCUUCAUUCACAUUUGGACUUGGAAACGGUGCUUUCCUUGGCAUUAAAUACCAAAUAUAUUCCUUAUAAACGUGCAAACAUAAGUUUUACUUCUACAAAUACAGUACUGAGACCACAUCAAACUCAUCAUAUAAAAAUAGCUUCAUGUACAGUCACACACAGAGAGAAGAAAUGUAUGUAAACUGUCCAAUUAUGAUAAAUAAGUCAGGGAAAAAAGCUUUUUUUUUUUCAAGAAGAGAAAGUGGUUUCAUGUUGGAAAAAGGGAUGAAUAAAUCACUUACUCAAAAUGAAGAGCAGAGCUUCAUUCUGAAUUGCCAUCAGUGUACACAAGCAAACUCCACUACUGUCAGUAAUGCUGUUUUGCAUUCCUACCACUCUUAAAUUUAAAGACCUUCCCUUAACUUCUACAGUAGGAAAGCAUAAUUUGCAAUGAUCUGGAACACAGCCUCCAGAGUCUGGUGCCUUCCAGCCUCCUUAGGCAGGAUCUGUGUACCUCAGUUGUCCCAGUUUCAGUUCAGCUGCAGACAGAACACGAUUUCCCAGUGCUUGCAGUGACAGUUCAGAGCUGAGCCCCACUGACCAGGACUGGGCUCUCCAGUGGCUCCCCGAAACCAGGGGUUCUGCUGCCUGAUUAACACACCGUGGGCAAAGACAGCAAACAUUGGCCCUUCCUGGUAACUGCAGCCUAAGCAGAGUUGUGCAGAAUUGGAUUUUGCUGAUGGGAGCAGGAACAGCCUGACCCAAGUCCAUCCUGAGACAUGGAGCCCUCCCAUCAGCAGAGCUCU